AUAGGCCGAUUACCGAUUUGUUACGCAAGCAACAGGUUCUGGUGUGAUUUCUGCUUGGAUUCUGAUUAGAUUCUUGUUAUUUCCUAGUGUGCUCGCUGCUCGCCAGUCAAAAGACUUAAUUAAAUUCCAAGAUGUCCGCCCGACUGCUGCUGGCCACGCGUCGCUGGAGCGCCCAGCGCGCCUACAGCUCCAAAAUCGCCGAGGUUGUGGUGGUCUCCGCCGCCCGCACACCAAUUGGCAGCUUCCAGAGCCAAUUGGCCCCCCUGACGGCCACCCAAUUGGGAGCCCGGGCUAUCGAGGCGGCUAUCGAGAAGGCGGGCAUUUCAAAGUCCGAUGUCCAGGAGGUGAUCAUGGGCAAUGUGGUGUCGGCGGGUCUGGGCCAAGCGCCCGCCCGGCAGGCGGCCAUAUUCGCCGGCCUGCCCACCAACGUGUGCUGCACCACGGUGAACAAGGUCUGCUCCUCGGGCAUGAAGUCGGUGAUGCUGGGCGCCCAAUCCCUGAUGCUCGGCUAUGCCGAUGUGGUCGUCGCCGGCGGCAUGGAGUCCAUGUCGAAUGUACCCUUCUACCUGAAGCGCGGCAGCACGCCCUACGGCGGCGUCAAUCUCACCGAUGGCAUCGUUUUCGAUGGCCUCUGGGAUGUGUACAACAAGUUCCACAUGGGCAACUGUGCCGAGAACACGGCCAAGAAACUGCAGAUCACGCGCCAGCAGCAGGACGACUUCGCCAUCGAGUCGUACAAGAGGUCGGCGGCCGCUUGGGCCAACAAGGUGUUCCAGGACGAGAUUGCCCCGGUCAAGAUCCAGCUGAAGAGGAAGCCGGAGGUGGUCAUCGCCGAGGACGAGGAGUACAAGCGGGUGAACUUCGACAAGUUCGGGCAGCUGGCCACCGUGUUCCAGCGCGAGAAUGGCACUGUGACGGCCGGAAAUGCGUCCACCUUGAAUGACGGCGGUGCCGCUGUGGUGCUGAUGAGCGCCGAGGCAGCCCAGAAGGCGGGCAUCAAGCCGCUGGCCAGGAUUGUGGCCUUCCAGGAUGCCGAGACCGAUCCCAUUGACUUCCCCAUUGCCCCGGCCCUGGCCAUUCCCAAGCUGCUGAAGCGCGCCGGCGUGCGCAAGGAGGACGUGGCCAUGUGGGAGGUCAACGAGGCCUUCUCCCUGGUGGUGCUGGCCAAUAUCAAGAAACUGGACGUGGACCCUGCCAAGGUGAAUGUGCACGGCGGAGCCGUGUCCAUUGGCCAUCCCAUUGGCAUGUCCGGCGCUCGCCUGGUGGCCCACCUCUCGCACAGCCUGAAGAAGGGCGAACUGGGCUGCGCCUCCAUCUGCAAUGGCGGCGGCGGAGCCUCCUCCAUUCUCCUCGAGAAGCUGUAAGCUCGCCUGGAGGCCCUGCCCUCAACCAGAAAUGCAUUUACUACGUGGACAGCUCUAUGUUCUUUUUUUUUUAAAUUGUUAAGUGUCUCCUUUGCGCUUGGCCGCAUUUAUCGAAAUCUUGUGAUUUGCAUAAUAAAAUUAUGAAACAGUAAAUAAUUAAAUAGAAAGUG